AUGGUGUUUUGGACGGAUUCCAGAACAGCCCUGGCCUGGAUCAUGGCCGACCCUAGGAGCUACCGACAAUUCGUGUCCUUCAGAGUAGGAGAGAUUCUGGAGCACACCACGGCAAGCGAAUGGCGAUGGGUGCCAUCAAAGUCAAACCCAGCAGAUGAAGCGACUAAAUGGGGCAGCGGUCCGUACUUCGACCCAAACAGUAAGUGGUUCCAUGGUCCGGACUUCCUGCGCCUACCGGAGGAAGAGUGGCCUCAUCCAAAAGAGCCGGUGAUGGUUACUACCGAGGAGAUGCGGGCAUCGAUUCUGCACCACUGUUCAUUCGAGCCGGUGAUUGACUUCGACCGAUUCUCUUCUUGGGAUCGGCUACUACGAGCAACCGCAUUCGCUCUCCGAUUCGUACGCAAUACGACCAAGAUGCACCUGAAAUACACAGGACAACUUCAGCAGUCUGAACUUCGAGCAGCAGAAACUACGAUAUGCAAGCUAGUGCAGUACGACUCCUACCCUGAUGAGAUCGCUGCACUGUCCAACAAGGUACCGAACGAAACCGGGCAGGAGGCUAUCGGGAAACACAGCUCCAUCUACCGAUUAAUGCCGAUUAUGGACGACAACGGGUUGCUACGUGAACGUGGCCGGAUCGGAGCAGCUGCAGACAUCGGCUACAACGUGUGUCAUCCAAUUAUACUGCCGAGAAAUCAUCAUAUCACGGAACUUCUCGUUCGUCGAUACCAUGAGCGAUACCGUCAUGGAAAUACAGAAACGGUGGUUAACGAGAUCCGCCAGCUGUACAGCAUUUCAAGACUGCGGUUGGUGGUCAAAAGGGUAAGCCGUGAAUGUACGUUCUGCAAGAUCCGCCGAGCGAAACCAGCAAUUCCACCAAUGGCGCCGCUUCCACCUGCUCGCCUGGCUCACCAUGAACGGGCCUUCACCUACACAGGGGUGGACUAUUUCGGGCCGCUGCUGGUCAAGCUGGGAAGAUCAAACGUCAAACGCUGGGUCGCAUUGUUCACCUGUUUAACAGUACGUGCCGUCCAUCUCGAAGUCGCGUACACACUGUCAACCGAAUCCUGUAUUUCCUGCGUCCGCCGAUUCGUGGGUCGCCGAGGCCCACCCGCCGAAUUCUUCAGUGACAACGGAACAAACUUCAAGGCGCUGACCGAGUGCUGCGACAUCAGAUUAGCCAGGGACUGUUCGACACCUUCACUAGUACCAAUACUAAAUGGAACUUCAUUCCGCCAGGAGCACCGCACAUGGGAGGAGCAUGGGAACGCCUGGUGA